CAUUGAGCUUUAUUUUUUGAGGCGAUUUCGCGAACGAAGCGGAGAUAAAUGAUAAUGAUGUUAUAUAUUUUCACAACAGACUAAAUCUAAAAUGUUGUUGCUUGGAGAUGAACAAUCAAGAUUAUCAUUUUAUUAAUUCAACCACCUCUAACAAAGUUUCAGAAAAGAAUGAUAGGCCUAAGUCGAGGAUGAAUACGAGUAACUUUCGUGGAAGUCAUGUGUGUACUUCCUCACUACGGUGUAGUUCAGGUUGUGAAGAUUGUCAUCAUGGUCAUCAUGUGCCUAGUUUAAAAAGUGAAACUAUACCAGGAAGAGAACGGACUAGGCUUGCUUCCCGUUCUGCACGUAGGAGAAGGAGUUGUUCAAGACACCAUGACCGACAGGUUCCAUGUGGCACUGAUACUCUAGAUGAUCAUCUAGAUGAUGACUAUCAGUGCUUCGCUAGUUGCGAUUCUAGUUCUGAAGAUGAAAGACAGUACUAUUAUUCAGACAGAAGAGACCAAAGCCAUCAUUCUCAUUCUAACCAAAAAAGAAGUGGAAGGCAGAAAGUUUUUGGAAAACCUGAUAAAUAUUCUCCCCAUAGUCAUAAUAAAUUAGAGAGAAGUGGAAGUCAGGUAUCCUUGGCUUACUCUGCACCUAGUCAUAGAUCAUGUUCUAGUACACGUGGCAUUUGUUCCUGCUGUAGUGAUGUGUCAGCUUUCCAACAGUGCAGUAGAAGUAACGAGCAAUGGAGUCAUCGUGAUACUUCAGCCAGUAGGCUGUCUCCAUCAGAAUGUCCUGGAAGUCAUGGCAGACAUGCGCCAUGUUCCGGAUGUCACCAUGGUUCUCCAAAACAUGGUUUUGACUUAACUGCUCAGCUUAAGGCUCUUUUGCAGCCAGAUGGCAGUCAUACAAGUGUGCGUACAUCAUCACACCAGUUAAUGAUGGCAGCUCUUCAAGAUUCCCACAUGCCAUGCUGUGUCCAGCAAAACACAACCUCCUGUGACUAUGAUCACCAGCAAUGCUGCUCCCAUAGCUCUCAUAGUUUUCACCAGCAAAGUCAGAAUCAUUGUUAUGAAUGUGCUACCAAGUAUGGCACACACACUACACACAAGUAUUCAUUGCCACAGUACCAAGACCCAAGUAUAUUAGCUACUUCAGGUUUCCGUCCGCUACCACACAGGCCCUCCUGCAAUAACACUCAAGACUUCGUUCCUCAGACACCACUACGCACGUGUGAAAAUUUGCCAAUGGCUUGCAACUCUUCACCGGUAUACAUGAGAAGCACUGUCAACCAUUCCUUGGGGCAUAACAUCACCAGUGAAAUUACUGCACUUUUUGACCAAAGCUUCCAACAUACAUCAACACCUGAUGCAGGAACAGCCAUCACAGCCUGUCAGACACAACCAUCAAACUCUGUUCAUAAUAACUCCUCCAGUGUAUUCUGCCAUUGUCAGAGUUGUAAUACAGGAGUACCAGCAUCACCAUUCCACUCGCAUGCCAGGCAAAUUCGAAUUCCACCUGCAUCGUGCUUGAGUACUGAAGGAACUUGCCAUCUGCCACAAAUUUUUCCUACUGAAGAAAAUGGGGCCAGUGAUACUACAGCGACUGUGGACAAGCCCCCAAUUGGAGUCUUCUGGGACAUUGAGAACUGUUCUGUCCCUCGUGGAAGAUCAGCUUUGGUGCUUGUGCAACGGAUUCGGGAUCAAUUCUUUGGAGGCCACAGAGAAGCAGAAUUCAUGUGUGUCUGUGACAUUAACAAAGAAAGCAACUCAGUAAUCCAAGAAUUAAAUGAUGCUCAGGUGACUGUCGCCCACAUCAAUGCUACUGCUAAAAAUGCAGCUGACGACAAGCUGAAACAAAGUCUACGAAGGUUUGCAGAUACCCACAAUCCACCAGCAACUGUAGUUCUUAUUUCAGGUGAUGUAAACUUUGCCAAUGAUCUUUCUGACCUUCGACAUCGUAAUGGCUUGAAGAUCAUUCUUGUGCAUCGACAGGACUCAAGUGAUGCUCUGACCACCUGCGCCAAUGAGACAGUCCAGUACAGUGACCUUCUUAUUGAUCUGCCAUUUAGAUCUCCAAUGAAGGACUGUUCGGAGAACCCACAGUUAGUGGUGCGAAAUUUGCCACAAGUCUCAGACAUCAGCAAAGUGCGAAACAGACUUAAGCAACUGUCAGACAACUGUGGAGGUAAAGUGGUCUUCAUCAAUGAGAACCUUGCUGUUUUGAAGUUUCAAAACGCUGAAAAUGCAGGAAGAGCUAAGAAACGUCUAGAUGGAGAGGAUGUGUUUGGCAGUAAAGUUUCUGUGACCGUUAAUACGAAACCCUACAGAGCUUCUCCCAUGCGGUCAUCUGGAAAUUCAAGUAACAAUAGUUUUAGAUCGAGUAAGGGGUCUCCUAAAGUUCAGAGUCGUGAAGAUGAGAAUGAAUAUGUAACCAAUGACAUGGAUACCAAGGCAGAAUCAGGUAACUCAAACAAAAGUAAACAAAUACUUCCAAAAGUUCAGAGAGUGGUUGAUAACGUACGGUUUCCUCAGUCAUCAAUUUCCCCAAUCCAGUCAUCUAUUGAAACACCAAUGUGCUCCAAUUCGACCAGUUCUUCCCAUCUACCAUCAAGUUUUGCACAGUUUUCUGCAUCCUUUAGUCCUAUCAAUGCACCAAACACAACCCAGGAAUUGCCACAAAAGAAUAAAGAUCAUAUUAAAGAACAACCUUUCCAAAGUUGCCAGAGUGCUUUCUGGGAGCACAAACCAGCUAAAUCUACUAGUAAAGAGACUGAUUUGAAAAAUAUUCUGCCAAUUAGGAACUCUUCUUCUGAACAGUCACAAAAGCCUUCAGAAUUACACACCUUGAGUGGUCUUUCACUGAUUGCUCCAUCUACAGCCCUCAGAACCAGUGGAACAAAAACCAUUGAUGCAGGUACACAGUCAUCUGCAGAGGUGAUUUCUGACCACCUAGAGACUUCCCUACCAAUGUCAAGUGUUCCUGGAGCAAGUUACGCCGUAGUUGAAAGAGAGAAUUUAAUGAUUGGAACUUACAUUGCACCCUCCAGUAAAUCUGAUUCCUUAAGCGGGUAUGACAGAGAGUUUGCGGAAGAACAUGCUCCUGGUGCAGAAGUUCUGGUGACAAAUCUGGACCCCAUGCUUAGCAAGAAAGAACUCAGGAGGCAACUCAUUGCUGCAUUCACUGACAAUUGCAUAAGAAUGGAGAAUUUGUCUUUGCAUGCCCCAUCACAAGGCCACAUCCAAGCCGUGGUGAAGGUCAAUUGUGUCAGUGAUGGACAACUUGCUCUUGCUAAGAUCGGUGGCAGGAAGAUUGGCACCAGGAGAGUCCAAUUGGCAGUGGUGCCAAGAUCUCAAUCAGGAUCUGAUCAUCUCAGGUUGAUGGUUACCCCAAUGCUACAAGAAAUGCCAGGAAAAUGUCUUCCCUUUUACAAAUUUAAGGAAGUCUUUGAAAGCAGGUACAACCAGCAGCUGUUUGAGGAAGACUUGUACCAGAUCUCAGACACAGUUUUGGUCAAGGACAGUGGGUCUACUAAGCUGGUUUGCUUGACCAUUCAGCAUCAUCGCAGUACACCAAAUUCGUUCUUGACAUCAUCGUCCAGCGGCUAUAGACAAUCACCAUGGACCAUACCUUAUGAACCUCCAAAAGAGCUGUCGAUCCCACCAUGUGAACCUUUUUGCAACCAGCAUGACGAUAUCGGAGUUGUGGUGAAAAACUACCAAAUGAGGGCAGCAGAGACAGAUCAGAACGUAGCAGUAUCCUUGAGAAUUUUCUCCUCUCAAGUUGAGACUCUGUUGCAGCUUCACCAUGGCAGAAUUCCCCUGAUAAGUUUUACCAGGUGUUACGCUGCUGAAUUUGAAAAGCUAGAAGAAAAUCCAGAAGGUGGUGUACCGCUUGAACACCUGUUGACCUGUGUACCAGGUGUCAGGGUCGCUGUGAAUAGUAAUGGGGUCAAGGUAAUCUGUUUCUCCGGGAAGGGGAAGAUCAUUAUGGGAGACGAUCUUGGACGGUCUACCAGCCCAAUCCUACCAACUUUAUUGUUCCAGUUUAGUAAAGAAGCCACUGAGGUGCUGAAGCACAGUUCCUACUGCCGCCUUGAACUCAACCUGUUCCUCCAAGCCUACAACCACCACUUUGGCAAACAUUGUCAUCUAAUUGAUUAUGGCUACACCAAGCUGGUCGAUAUCUUCUCAACCAUACCACACAUCAUCCAGAUGCUUGGCGCUGGAGACAAACAGAUUCUUACCUUGACUCAUCAAGUUCAAAUCAAACGAUUUGCUCAGGAUGUCACUAAAGUGCUCAGGUCACAGGCAAGCAAACAGGUGACUGUUGAGGACUUGCCUGCAGCAUUCCAGCGGUGCCUGUCCCGUCCAUUCAACCUAGUGGAGUAUGGAGUUUGUGAAAUACAAGACAUCCUUGUCGACAUUCCAAACACUGUCAUCAUGGUGGAUGGUGUCGGAGAUGAUCUUACUUUAUCAAUUCCACACAGAGCAUCUGCACUAAACCAGCUCAUGCAGCUUUACAGACGAGAGCAGGGAUAUCACCUCCAACCCACUGAUUACCAGUGCAGGAGUGUUGAGGAAGUAUUUCAGAAGAUGCCCCAUGUUGUCGAGAUUAACACCAGAGAAACAGAGAAGAGUGUUGUGUUAGUUAAUCGCAAGCAUCUGAGCCAACUAGCCCAGUGGGUGCUAGUCAUACUAGUAGACCAGCCAGAAGGACGCUUACUUCUUAAGCAUGUGCCUGAUGUCUUUCGGCAGAGGUACCAAACUGAUCUAAAACAUGUGGAGUAUGGAUAUAGUCAACUGGUACUACUGCUCUCUGAUAUACCUCAUGUGGUGAAUGUCUAUAAGAAGUGGCUACCAGAGUGUUACAUUGAACUAACCCUAGGCUACCAGUUUGCUCGCAAAGCUCGACUCAUCCUGCUGAAAAACCAAAAUUGUAUAGCCUUGCAGGACUUUGCAGACUUGUAUGAGAAAUACUUUCAAGAAGCAUUUAUUCCAAGUAACUUUGAGAAAGAUACCAUUGCAGCUCUAGUGGCAGCUGUGCCGAGGGUGCUAACUUUAAUUGGCAGAGGACAGCGAAGAGCUGUCGUGUUGAAUGCCGACUUGAAAGUUGUAAGAUCUAUUACACCAAGCAGUUCAGAAGAUAGAGAAACUUCAUUCAGCCCCCAUCAAGAGUCUGAUGGAAGUGUAAAGACUGCAAGUAUUGAGACUUGUCAGGAAUCUGGUUUUGUUUCCUGCUCUGGUUCCAAUGUGGGUGAUGAUCCAACCAGCAUGAUAAAAGAGGACACAUCAGGAUCAUCUGUCAAUGAUGCAAGUAUAAUAAAUGGUCACAGUGGAACCAAGUCAAGGGCUGCCAGCUCAUCUGAUAGUAGAUCAGGCCAGAACCAAGUGCCAGUGCAGAUUUCCAGUGAUGCCAAAGGAUCUGCACAGGGAGAAGCUGCCAUUCCUGGUUCAUUUUCGGAAUCAGCCAUUUUGUUUGAUAAAAAUAGCCAAAGUUUCGGUUUUACCCACGCUGCAGCAAGUGCUUCCUCCAGGACAGAAAGCAGUGAUCUUGACCUCAUCGACUUCUCUUCACCAUCAGUAAAACAAGAUUUGUCAUGUGAUAAUAAGCAAAGUGAGAAGUGUACGAGUCAGUCGCUACCAUCCACCCCAUCCAGACUUCGGUCAAGAUGCAAGAUCGCCGCCAACUUUUCUCUAUCGCAUAUGUAGAUGAGGUGCAUAUACAAUCUAUAUUAUUUUUACAAUAUUAGUAUUGUUAAUCACUCAUUACGUAUAAAGUAUUAUUAUACAGUACUUUGAAAUUGGUUUAUCAAUUAAUUGAUAGUGGAAACCAGGUGGUGUUUUUCAAUGUUGUACUUACAUUAAAUAUGUAUACAACUUGAGGGUAUUGUUUACAUAUAAAGUGGCGAAAAUAUUGAAAAAAUUCUUAGUGUAGAAAACAAAAAGAAAAUUCAGGUAUAUUGUGUGUGAUUUUUUUUGCAUAUUCAUUGAGAAUAUAUGGAACAAUUUUUAUUAAUUACAAGUUCAGAAGCAUAAAAUUUAUGAUUCAAUUAUGUUGAUAUUUCAAAACAUUCCUAAUAGGCCUAUAUUUACAGAAGAAAAAUUAAAUUAAAAAAAAAACACAGGCUUAUUUUCAACAAAUUUGUAUACCAAAGAAAAUGUAACUGUACUGACUGCCUUUGCAAAAAUGCAUAAGUGUUUGUGCUGUGUUCAUCAGCAGUGGUUUUGUUUUCUUUUAUCCGAGUCAUAGGACCAAAUAGAAUCAAGUCAGUGUAUUCAUUUUAUUAGUAUUUAUUGUUUAUUGUAUAAAUUAUAUAUAGGAGCAGUACUCGUAGGCAAGAAAUGAAACUCCUGUGCCUUGUGUUUUUGUAAUGUGUUAUUUAUUAACCUUAAUUUUUUGCAUGAAAUAUGCUUAUUUUUGCAUUAAGAUCUUAAAAUAUAUAUGAAAAAAAAGUAAUUUAGAGCAGCAGCCUGAUAAAUAAUAUUUAGGUGAUGAGAAAAGCAAGGUAUUGUGGACAGGUUUUUGAAAAUUGUGAAAGAACAAAAUUGAUUGAGAAUGACAUUUUUAAAUAAUUUUCUGUAAGGUAGGAAACUAUAUACAGUACAGUAAUUUAGAACAGAAAGAUUAAGAUAAUGAAAAAAGCAGGGUAAAUGGAUAGGUUUAUGAAAAUUGUGCAAGAACAAAAUUGGUUCAAAAGAACUAAUGAAACAAACAUGACAUUUUUUAAUGAUUUUCUUUAAGGCAUUAAACUUGUAAUGGCGUGCAUAAUGUGUAUGCAUAUUCAUAAGGUUGUUUAGGGUCAUGACCUAUGCCUUUUAAAUGAAUAUGCAGUGGUAGGAAUCGCUUCCUCCAGUUCAUCCGCUUGUGUUCCCUGAUGCUGGGAUAUAUCGAAGUGGAAUUGAUUGAAAUCUCAUUUUACAAGUCAGCUGAUGAAUUUUUAAUAUUUUUUUAAACUUUAUGUGGUUUAUUUUGAGCCAUUAACUAAUUACACGAAUUCUACAAUUUUUUUGUAUGGAAUAUAUGCCUUCAUGAAUGUAUUCAAGAAAAUGUCUUGUAAAGUUGAUAUUACAGAUAUAAUACAAAAAAAAAAUUAAGUCAAAACAACUAGAAAAAUUGAUUGUGCUAUUUUAUUAUAUAGUUAUUUUUUCAAUACAAUUUAGUACAGAUAUUGUGAAUUGCUUGCAAUUUAAAUAAAUGUUUAUUUUUUAACAUUCAGUUAAUUCAUUUUGAGAAUAGUUUAUUAAUAGAUAAUUUGUUGUAAGUACUGUAUUGUAUUUUUGUCAUUGAUAUUUCUCUGUGGACAAAUAAGUAAUCAAUGCAUUAAAAUUCCAAGAUUAUUCUUAGUCUUAACCCGGGCACUCGCUGCUUCAUACGACUGUCGCACGACAAAUCCAACUCCGCUCUACGUGAGCGGAUUCUCAGUUGGUUGUCAUUAAAAAUGAUCCGUUGCAUUCUCCAGAGAAUCGCGUCGGCUGAAUUGUCGUGUUCAGUGAGCGCCCGGCUUUAGUGCAAGAAAUGUGUUUUUGUUUGGACAAGUCAAAGAAGAGAACUGUGUGUAAAAUGUUUAUUUUAUAUGGGAAUUAAAAAAAGCAAGAAACUGA